CUGAGAUUUAAAUUAACAGUAGAGAUUGCAAAAUUAUCUUCCGUUUCAGGAUUAGGGUUUCACCGUUACAGUGAAACAUGGGAGAACCAAAACGAAUCUAUCUGCGUAUCUUUGCGCUGCUCCUCUUCAUUUCCGCCUCUUCGUUUCAGCUUCUCCGCGCUUUCGAUGACGCGAUCUUUUACGAGUCGUUCGACGAGGAUUUCGAAGACCGUUGGAUUGUGUCUCAGAAAGAUGAGUACAAUGGUGUCUGGAAACAUGCCAAGAGUGAGGGACAUGAUGAUUAUGGGCUUCUUGUCAGUGAGAAAGUAAGGAAAUAUGCUAUAGUAAAAGAACUUGAUGAGGCCGUGGGUCUCAAGGAUGAAACAGUUGUUCUUCAGUUUGAAACUCGGCUUCAGAAUGGCCUUGAGUGUGGUGGUGCAUAUCUAAAAUAUCUCCGACCACAGGAGGCUGGAUGGAAAUCCAAGGAAUUUGAUAAUGAAUCUCCAUAUUCUAUCAUGUUUGGUCCUGACAAGUGUGGUGCCACAAACAAAGUACACUUCAUUUUCAAGCAUAAAAAUCCCAAGAGUGGGGAGUAUGUUGAACACCAUCUUAAGAAUCCCCCUUCUGUCCCGUCUGACAAAUUAUCUCAUGUGUACACGGCCAUUUUGAAGUCUGACAAUGAGUUGCAAAUAUUGAUUGAUGGGGAACAGAAGAAGAAGGUAAAUUUCUUAUCUGCUGAUGAUUUUGAACCCCCUCUUAUCCCUCCCAAGACAAUCCCAGAUUCUGAUGAUAAGAAACCUGAGGACUGGGAUGAGAGAGAGAAAAUUCCAGACCCUAGUGCAGUAAAGCCAGAUGACUGGGAUGAGGAUGCACCCUUGGAAAUUGUUGAUGAAGAAGCAGAGAAACCUGAAGGAUGGUUAGACAAUGAACCCGAGGAGAUUGAUGAUCCAGAGGCAACAAAACCAGAAGAUUGGGAUGAUGAGGAGGAUGGUGAAUGGGAAGCCCCAAAGAUUGAGAACCCAAAAUGUGAAGCAGCCCCCGGUUGUGGUGAGUGGAAGAGGCCAAUGAAGAGGAAUCCAGCUUAUAAAGGAAAAUGGCAUGCCCCACUUAUUGAAAAUCCUGCUUAUAAGGGUAUUUGGAAGCCUCGGGAUAUUCCAAACCCUGAUUACUUUGAACUUAAGAAACCUGAUUUUGAGCCUAUCGCUGCUAUCGGUAUUGAGAUUUGGACGAUGCAAGAUGGCAUAUUGUUUGACAACAUCUUGAUAUCUAAAGAUGAUAAAAUUGCCGAGUCUUAUCGGGAGACUAGAUGGAAGCCCAAGUUUACCGUUGAGAAAGAAAAACAGAAGGAAGAAGAUUCAGAAGCUGGAUCAAGUGGCCUUGCUGGCUUCCAGAAGAAGGUAUUUGACCUGUUAUACAAGAUCGCAGAUAUUCCCUUCCUGAGUGCCUACAAGCUUAAAAUAUACGAUGUCAUUGAGAAGGGUCAAGAGCAACCAAAUCUCACCGUUGGAAUUGUUGUCGCCGUUGUGGUUGUCAUCUUGUCAAUUUUCUUGAGGCUCAUAUUUGGAGGGAAGAAGAAGCCAACAAGGGUGGAGAAGACAAACCCAGAACCCGCAGAAACUGCGAGUAGCCAAGGCAGUGGUGAGAAUGAAGAAAACAAAGAGAAGGAGGAAUCAUCUGCCCCUGCACGUCGGAAGCCAACAAGGAGAGACAAUUGAAAUGAUUGAAACUUGACACAGACAGGGGCGGCCAUUAAAGAACACUACCGCACAUAAAUUUUGAGCUUAGUUUGGGCAUUAGGCCAAAUACCGUAGUAGGUAGCACGUUCUUGUCAUUUGUCUCCUGCACCUUUCGAAAGAUGAUAUUGCAUAAGGGAGUGUAGAUCAGAUAUUUUGUGUCGUGCUGAUGAUCACUUUGGAGACUUGAGCAUUUUAAGCUAAUUGAGGCUGUACAAUCACAAUUAUUUUUCUAGUAAUGUAGCACAGAAAUCAACUCACUGUGUUACAUUUCCAUCUUUAAACUAGAACCCUGGUUUGAGUGCACGUGUGACGUGAUCCACCAUAAAGAAUACGUGGGAAACAUUUCCGCUGUGUGAAUCUUGACUGCAAUCAGGCAGAAUCCUUACUUCUCUAAUAAUUUUUCGGAAAUGUUAUUAACGAAUUUACUUUAUAAA